UUUUACAUAUGAACCUGUCGGACUGGUAUCAGUUCAACAGAAGCCGUCCGUCGCUUGAGGAAGACACGGAGAGGCUCUGAAGCCUUAACAGGCUUUAAAAAUGGGACUUUUCCUCGUUUUGUUUGCGGUGUUUCUGCUCGGUGCUGCUGUUUCUGCCUGGAGCGAGAAGCACUCCCUGUAUUACAUUUACACGGGCUUGUCCAAACCUGUCCAAUUGCCGGGUAUCUAUCAGUUCACUGCUAUGGGUCUGCUGGAUGACAGAGAGAUCGACUAUUACAAUAGCCAUGAUCAGAGAAAGAUUCCCAAGCAGCACUGGAUGAAGGAGAAAAUGCAGGAGGAUUACUGGGAAAAAGGCACCCAGUCCAGAAAGAGCAAAGAACAGUGGUUUAAUGUGAACGUCGACAUUCUGAUGAAACGCAUGAGACACAAUGAGUCAGAUGUUCAUGUUCUUCAGUGGAGACAUGGUUGUGAAAUUGAGAAACAGGGAGAUGAAGUGAAGUUUUCCAAAGGCAUUGAUGAGUACAGCUAUGACGGAGAGAACUUCUUGUCUUUUGAUGAUAAGGAGUCUCAGUGGGUCGCUCCUGUUGAUGCAGCUGUUCCAACCAAGAGGAAGUGGGAUAAAGUGCCCAUCCUAAACCAGUACACCAAGGGCUACCUGGAGAAAGAGUGUGUGGACUGGCUUAACAAGUUCAGAGACUAUGGAGAACAGGAGCUUAGAGAGAGCUCUCCUCCAGAUGUUCAUGUGUUUGCAAAAAGGUGCACCACUGACAAAAACAAAGUCAAACUCACCUGUCUGGCCACUGGCUUUUACCCCAAAGACGUGAUAUUGAGCAUAAGAAAAUAUCGCUCACCCCUGCCUGAAGAUGAGAUUGAAUCCUCAGGAAUCAGACCAAACCAUGAUGGAACCUACCAGCUGAGGAAGAGUGUGAUUAUCCAGGAGGAUGAAAAAGCAGAAUAUGAUUGUUUUGUGAAACACAGAACCCUCAAAGAGCCAAUUAUCAUCACAUGGGAUGGAAAAUGCCAGGACUGCACUCAAGGGACUAUCUUGGGUAUGGUGAUUGGAGCAGUGAUCGGAGUCGUGCUUAUGCUGGCAGUCGGUGCAUUGGUUUACUUCUUGAGGAGGAGGAGAAACAUUGCUGGACAAGACAGGGCUAGUAACAGAUCAAGCAGCAGUUCGACUGGUUCUCAGAAUAGAGUAAUUAAUUGUGUGAAUCUAAGUGAGUUACCUAAUGCAGCAAUAGCAGGAAGUCAGUGCAGUUCUGACUCUGGAAAAGGGAGUGCUGGUCCAAGUCCAGACGACAGUCCCACUAACUCUCAGGAGGCAGUGAACCUCGUGAGUGAGGCCUCCAGUGGUCAAAGCUCACCUGCGGAAGCGCAAUCACUUCUACAACAGUCUUCAGAGUUUUCUGACACCAGACUGUUCCUGCGUUCAGUUGUUGUGGAGCUGUAUUCAGACUUCAGUAAAUAUCAGGAUAGUUUAAACAUAAUUAAAAGCGUUCCAGUCAUGGGCACGUCUGUCGCGACCGCGAGUUUUGCUCUGCUUUGUGUUCUUCUUCUCUGUGGGACUUCAUCCUCACUUCAAACAGAGAAACACUCCCUGUAUUACAUUUACACGGCGUUGUCCAAACCUGUCGAUCAGCUGGGCAUCUAUCAGUUCACUGCUAUGGGUCUGCUGGAUGACAGAGAGAUUGACUAUUACAAUAGUAAGGAACAGAGAAAGAUUCCCAAGCAGCACUGGAUGAAGGAGAAAAUGCAGGAGGAUUACUGGGAAAAAGGCACCCAGUCCAGAAAGAGCAAAGAACAGUGGUUUAAUGUGAACGUCGACAUUCUGAUGAAACGCAUGAGACACAAUGAGUCAGAUGUUCAUGUUCUUCAGUGGAGACAUGGUUGUGAAAUUGAGAAACAGGGAGAUGAAGUGAAGUUUUCCAAAGGCAUUGAUGAGUACAGCUAUGACGGAGAGAACUUCUUGUCUUUUGAUGAUAAGGAGUCUCAGUGGGUCGCUCCUGUUGAUGCAGCUGUUCCAACCAAGAAGAAAUGGGAUAAUGUGCCCAUCCUAAACCAGUACACCAAGGGCUACCUGGAGAAAGAGUGUGUGGACUGGCUUAACAAAUUCAGAGACUACGGAGAACAGGAGCUCAGAAAGGGCUCUCCUCCAGAAGUUCAUGUGUUUGCAAAAAGGUCUACUAAGGACAAAACCAAGCUGAAACUCACCUGUCUGGCCACUGGCUUUUACCCCAAAGACGUGAUAUUGACCAUAAGGAAAUAUCGCACAUCCCUGUCUGAAGAUGAGAUUGAAUCCUCAGGAGUCAGACCAAACCAUGAUGGAACCUACCAGCUGAGGAAGAGUGUGAUUAUCCCGAAGGAUGAAAAAGCAGAAUAUGAUUGUUUUGUGUUUCACAGUACCCUCAAAGAGACAAUUAUCACCAGAUGGGAUGGAAUGUGCCCAGACUGUGGAGGCUCCCUGGUUAUUGGAAUUGCGAUUGGAGCUGUACUUGUAAUAGUGCUUGUUGCAGCGGUCUGCCUUUACCUUUAUAAGACUAAAAGACUCAUUUGCCGAAAACAGAGUGAAACCAAUGGAGCAGUACAAGGGAAUCCUGCUAAUGGAGUAAUAGAAAAUCUUCUCCCAGGACAUAAUAGCAAUGGACAUGCUCCAACAGCAGCCAAUGGAGGACCCAAUGGAGUUAAAAGAAUUGUCUAGCUGAAAAAAUGCGAAGCAAGAAAAGUAGUGACUGAAGAUGGAGACUGAAUUUGAAUUUUUGGAUUUGUUCUUUCUUUUUCCAUCAGAGCUAACAUGUGCCUUGCUUUCUCCUUAGUGUGUAAGAGUCAUAGAUUACUGAAACUGAUAUGAAUGACUGCUUUAAGCAUGCUACUUUCAGUCUGUGUAAUGUGUAAUUGUGCAUGUUCAGGUGUGAUGAGAAAGGACAUGACAUAUGGGGGAUUUUUAACUUUUACCAUCCUUAAGCUCAAGGAAAAUGUAAAAUAUCUGGACUAACACCUUUUGACCCCUUUUUCCUAACAAAGGAAGUUAGGGUAGCUGUAGUCGUUCACUGUUAUAGCCAAAAAGGUUUAUUUAAAUUAGGUCAAACAUUUCAGUGGAUAGCCAUAUUCUUUUGUUACAUUAAUGCAUUUGGUAAAUGCUUUUAUCCACUGCAUUCAAGCUAUACAUUUCACCAGUUGAUAUAUUUCAUGGGACUCAAACUCAUCACCCAUUACUAGAGCUUGUUUUACUGUUUGAGUCGAAGUAUGAAUUUGUCAAAAUAAGUGCUGCGCUUAUGUUUUGAAUGAGUGAUGUUACAGGGUUAUUUAGUGGUUGCAAAACAAUUUAGUUGAAGAUUUAGCCUUGUUGACCGCAGAUGAGCUUCAUUUUUUCGUCAGCAAUAGCAUCCUUUCUCUAUGCAGAAAUAAAGCAUGAGACACCACAGGUCAUGUCAUGAGUAAAGUUAGCACAACUGACUGAAUAACAGAUUCAUUGUUACCUAAAGAUUUUAAACAGAUUUGUAUGUAACAAGUUAAAAGAACUGAUGAAUAUUAAAUAGCAAUAUUGUAAGUUAAAGGUCACGCAUUUCAUAAUAUCCACCUUAUUUUUCCUGUAAGAGGAAUGUAAGUGGCCAUUAGUAAAUUUAACUGGUCUGCUUUCGGAGUCAUCCGCUUCCAGCACUUUAGCUGCACAAAACAGCUUGGUUUGGUGUUUGAUAUUGAAAACGGGUGUUUCUCACCAUAUUAUUUUUAAUGUAUUAUCUUAAUUUUAAACACUGGUUUGUAGCUCUCACACUCACUUUGAGUUUAAGCUUGUUGGAAGUGUUUUAACAUGAAGUACAUAAAAGCAGGUCCUAUUAAAAUUACUUCAUACUAAA